UUUCGCGUGAAAGAUGCCAACCGCCGUGCCCUCUCCCAGCUUCGAUAUCCUUCUUGGCGAGUGAGAGAUAGGCAUGCCCUAUCUCGUUUCUCGGUGAAAUCCCAUCCUGCUAAUCCUUUGCAAACCUCCCACGCGAGCACCUUCUCACCUGCCCCCAUCCCAUAGACGUAUCGGAACUCUGGGUUUGGCAUCGCAGGCUAACCUGGCCCCUGCUCGCCACACUGAUAGACAAGACUCUCGGUGCAACCCAUAAUCAGCUUGACCCACGAGCCGGGUGUUCUUCACGUAUAUAUCCCUCGCUCGAGUCGCCGAUCGGGGUCGAGGGACCUCUGUUUCCUUCUUCUUCCUUCUCUCAGCGUUGCAGCAAUCCUGGUUAGGCUCGAUCUUCUGUGGCUUGUGACACUGUCUCCAGGCACCUCCAUUGUUUCGUCAACAUCUAGACAACCUCACCCCCGUCCAGAAGCCCAAGAUGGAGAAGUCGGAGUAUGGCACUGCCGACAAGGCCGUGCGAGAGAACUCGAACUCCUCCAUGGACCAGGUCCAGCGCCAGACCUCCGUCACAUCGGAGAUCUCGGUCCACGAGAAGAAGCCGUGGUGGCAUCCGGUCAUCGAGCCUGGUUCCGCCGUCCAGAUCAUCAUCGCCGCUGCCAUCGCGGUCGGUAUCGGUUUGGGCGUCAAGACUGCCCACCCAGAUAUUCCCGAAGCCGCGACAACCAUCCUCAUCAUCCCCGGUAACCUUUGGUUGCGGUCUCUGAAAGCCGUCGUCCUGCCCCUCAUCGUGACAGCAAUGGUCCUCGCCGUCCAAAAACUCAAAGAAAUCUCCCACGGUGGCGCCAAGCUCGCCAAGUGGACAAUCGGCUACUAUGUCAUCACAACCAUCGUAGCCAUCGUCCACUCCAUCAUCAUGACCUCCCAGGUCUGGGCCCGUCUCAUGACAGUCGCCUCGGCAGAGUCCAUCGCGACAGGCAGCAUGUCCGAGAAGGACCAAGAGUCCUACGAGGAGAGGAAAGACCAAGAUAUCCCCGCCACCGUCACCGAGCUCUUCAACUCCCUCAUUCCCGCCAACGUCAUCGAUGCCCUCGCCUCGGAUCACCUGUUGGCCGUGCUCGUCAGCGCCGUCGUGAUCGGCUACCUCAUCGACAACCGAGACGGCCAAUCUUCCCUCAUCAAAGCGGCGCGUGAAGUCGAGGCCCUCAUCAUGAUCAUCAUCACCUUCCUCAUCAAGCUCGCCCCCAUUGGUGUGUUCUUCUUGAUUCUGCCAAACAUGUUCAAGCUCGACAUCAACGACAUCGGCGUGAACCUGGGCAUCUUGAUGGGCGGCGCCAUCAGCUCCAUGUUCUUGCACCUAUUCAUCAUCCUCCCCAUCAUCUUCUACGCCUUCACCCGCCAGAACCCAUACACCCUCUGGUUCAGUUGCUCGCCCGCCUGGUUGACAGCAUGGGGAACCGCCUCCUCUGCCGCGACCCUGGCCGUCACCAUGAAGUGUUGCCGUCAGACGCUCAAGGUCCCCGAGACGGUCACCAAAUUCUCCGUGCCCCUGGGCUGUCUCAUCAACAUGGACGGAACCGCCAUCUACUUCCCGAUUGUCGUCGUCUUCCUCGCUCAGACCCAGGGCCAUGUUCUCAACGCGGCCGACUAUAUCAUCAUCCUUUUGCUUUCGACUCUCGCUUCCAUCGGCACCACCCCCAUCCCCAGCUCAUCCCUCGUCCUGACUGUCAUGAUCUCUUCGAGCGUCGGCAUCCCCCCAAGCGGAAUGUACGGUGUCGUCGUUGCCAUCGACUGGUUCAUUGAUCGAUUUCGCACUGCUACCAAUGUCAGCGGUGAUCUGUUCGCUGCUGUGAUUGUUUCUAAGAUGACCGGAAUCACAGAUCCGGUCGAUGGCUCUGAGGUGGUUGAGGAAGAAAUUAGGCACAAUGACGAGCGCGUCUGAGUAAUUUGCGUGUAAGAAGUAGACAAGGAGGACAGGAACUACCUAGGUAGGAUAUAUUGAAUACCACUCUGGUUUUGUCGAAUGUAACGGAG